AUGGGUAACCUCAUAUCCAGGGGCCCAGUCCUUCACGUCUUCACUGCAAGCACCAUACUCGUGGUGGGGUGGGCUACCUGCACAAAGUUGAGGUGCAAAAAGACCAGUCCACCCGAAGCGACACCACUACGACCAGAGUGGCAGAACAUCGACCAUCGAAACUGCUACGGGCGGCGUAGAUUGCACGAGGUUGGCCACAAUGACGUUCAACAGCGCAUGUUGAGGGACUUCGUUUUGAUCUCGGAGAGAGGCUCUAAAAACUGUGUGAACAGGAUGUGCGAGUACUUGGGGGGGCGCGAAAUGCCUCAGCACCGGCACCUCGCCCCAGAAUCCGUCAUCGACAUGGAAGCCUACCGAGCACUCGUAACGCCGAACUACAGAAACGGCAACAUUUUGGAGUUCAUCAACCAGCGGGUGGUUACUGAUAAAAGGAAGUUGCAGCUGCUCCUGCAAAUCGCGCGAGGGCUUGCAUACCUCCACAGCCUCGGAAUCGUCCACGGAAAUCUGUACCCGGCCAACGUUCUUGUAACGGACGAUGAGGACAUUGUGUUGACGGAUACGGGAAUAUAUACUGAAGUUGUGAGGUUGAUGCUUGCGCCCUCUGGUCGCAUCCCCAUUCCCGAAUCGUUCGUAUACAAGUCUAACCAAGAGCUUGGUGGAGAGGAAGUACCAACAAAGAGUGCUGAUGUUUACGCUUUCGCGAGCACUUGCUAUGCUAUUAUUACGGGUCGGGCACCAUUUUCUGAGAUCGCCAACCCAUAUCAACGCAUUUUGAAGAUCGCCCGGGAUGGGCACACGACGCUCCCCAAACCGUUAUCGACCAGCACAAUGGUGUGGGAUCUCCUGAUGGAGUGCUGGUCAGCUGAGCCAACAAAGCGACCGACAAUGGACGACGUUGUUUACUGGCUGGGAAGGGCCGCUCCGAAUCGUCGAAGCCUUCUCAUUGGAUGA